AAUCACCAGGUAUAUAUGUCGCUCUGAAGACACACGUUCUCCGUAGGAAGGUGAUUGAAGCAGCUUCACCAUGUUCUGGUUACUAUUCCUUGUCGGUGUUGGAAUAACCAAUGCUGAGGACAGUUCGGGUGGAUCCUACCUUGUUACAUCCUCCAAAUACCUGCAACGUGGGAUGCCCUUCAACGUCAGCAUCGACAUCCUGAACACCACCGACACUGUUCAUCUCCAGGCGGAAGUGCAGCGUAUAUGGAACAACUACACGAACUUCAAUAGAUUCCCUGUAACGAUGGCCAGAGGGGACUUUACUAAAGGAACAACAGGCACACUGUCCAUGAUUAUUCCAAGCCACAUUGUAAGUGGACGUUAUGUUCUACAUGUACGAGGUAGCGGCGCUCUGCAGUUUGAGCGAGAAGACAGCGUCUUCCUCCGUCCCAAGUCUAUUUCUGUCAUGGUUCAGACAGACAAGGCCAUGUACAAGCCUGGACAGAUGGUGCAUUUCCGUGCCUUUGGCGUGUACCCCAAUUUGCAAGUAUACGCGGGAACGUUUGACAUAUCUCUUCUUGAUCCUAACAAUAACAUCCUGAAGGAGUGGACGGCUCUCCAUGAUGCUUCUGGUGUUGUGGCUGGGGACUUCCAGUUGGCAGAUCAGACUGUUCUGGGAGACUGGAAAAUCCACGUCCAACCGAGGGAUGAGGUCAGCAUUACUUCUAAAGGCUUUACAGUUGCUGAGUACCAACUGCCUCGGUUUGAAGUAAGCGUGGAUCUUCCCUCAUUUGCUCUGACAUCUGACACAAAGCUAUCUGGAACAGUGAAGGCCAAGUACACAUUCGGCAAGCCAGUGAAGGGGAUGGUGGAGCUACAUACACAAAUGAACGUCGGCAAUGACUACUGUGGAAAACCUCCCAAAUAUAUCGAGUUGGCGUUUCCGAUUGAUGGGGAAGCCAAAUUUGAGAUUCCGAUGGCUGAUAUCAUGCGUCUCCAGCGCUAUUUGAAUGAGAAAACUGUCGCCGUUGUGGCAAUCGUGAAGGAGGGACUAACCGGAGUGAGGCUGAACGGAACCAACACUGUCAAGUACCACCAAUACCCCUACAAGAUUGAAGUCCUCAACUCAAGCCCUAAAACAUUCUCACCCAAACUACCAUACACGGCCUUUAUCAAGGUCUCCCAACAAGACGGCCGCCCUGUGACUGACAUCACCAGCCCUGUGGGGGUGUACACCUGUGUCACAUACCGUAUUGUCCAAGAUGACCAGUCCGAGUUCUCCUGCUCAUCCUUCACUGGCAACUACGGCCUGCCUACCAAAAACUACACCAUCCCUGCCUCUGGCAUCAUCCCUGUGGACAUGCGUAUCCCCGAGAACACCACCAGUAUUGAUGUCAAGGUCCACUACAAAGAAAUAUCUGAUACUUUGACUGUCAAGCAGAAGCACUCCCUCAGCAGCAACUUCCUGCAGCUGACACUCACCAACAAGGGUCUCAGGGCUGGUCAGGCAGCUACGUUUAGCAUCGAAUUGACUGAAGAUGUGCCAUUCAUUACGUUUGAGGUAUUAUCCCGGGGGACUGUUGACAUAACUGAUCAAGUUAGUGUGGGAGGACAAAACCCCGUCCACUUCAACGUUCCCAUCUCUGCUACAAUGGCCCCAGAAGCUCAUAUCAUCGCUUACUACGUCAAGAAAUCUGGGGAGGUUGUGGCUGAUAGCCUUAGUUUCAGUGUGGAUGACAUCUUCGACAACAAGGUGUCCAUUGAAUUCAGUCGCAACGAAUCUAAGCCUCAUGAAAACAUUGAUGUGUUGGUCAGCGCUGAUCCUAUGUCAUCUGUCAACCUCCUGGCUGUCGACCAAAGUGUUCUUCUUCUCAAGUCCGGCAAUGACAUCACCACAGAUAAGGUACUUGAAGAACUGAAGACGUACAGCUCCGGAGAAACUGAUGGAGAAUUCUCACCGGAAGUCUUUGCCAUUUCUAGUAGUUCUCAAAAAGCAUCUGACGUCUUCUCGGAUGCUGGACUUCUCGUUAUCACGGAUGCUAAAUACUACGACUACAACUACAAUCAUGCAGUUUAUCCUAUUGGUUAUACACCGUCCCCUGGCGCCACACCUUAUCCGGGAGUAGGUGGAAACGGACUAUCACAGAGUUUGAAGGAGGUAGAAAGAGUUCGAAAGAACUUCCCAGAAACAUUUCUCUGGCUCAACAAGACAGUGGGAGCUGACGGUAAAGCCACCAUCAGUACCACCGUGCCUGACACUAUCACCUCUUGGAUCGCCAGCGCCUUUGCUGUCAACUCUGCCACAGGACUUGGUGUAGCCCCAUCCACCACAAAGCUGCGUGUCUUUAGGCCUUUCUUCGUCAGCCUGUCCAUGCCUGCCUCGGUGUUACGUGGAGAACAGGUCGUCAUUGAAGCCAGUAUCUUCAACUACCUGCCCAGUGACGUGGAUGUGGUGGUGUCAUUGCCAACUUCUGCUGACUACGUCAACGUGGCAGUGGACAGCACUGGCAAGACCAGUCAGAAAUCUGAGGACCAAACACAUUACAUCACGGUGAAAUCCAACGAGCCCCAGACUGUGUACUUCCCCAUCAUUCCAUCAUCUCUGGGAGCUAUCGACAUCGAGGUGUCAGCACGAACAACACUAGCUGCUGAUGCUGUCAGGAGACAACUCAAUGUCCAGGUCGAAGGCAUCCCCAAGGAAUAUAACACACCUGUCUUCAUUGAAUUGACACCAGGCGGUGCUGACUUCAACCAACAGGUGGCGCUUUCACUUCCUCCAGAGGCCGUAACUGGAUCAGAGAAAGUUAGGGUCAAAGUAACAGGUGACUUGAUCGGCGCAAGCCUUGACAAUUUGGAAAGCCUUCUGGCUCUACCGACUGGAUGUGGUGAACAAAAUAUGAUGAACUUUGCACCAGAUGUAUAUGUUGCCGAUUACCUGUACACAACCAAACAAAUCACACCUGCCUUGGAAUCGAGGAUCAUGAACUAUCUCGAGCUGGGAUACCAGAGGGAACUGGCCUAUCAGAGAAAUGAUGGGUCCUUCAGUCCUUUCGGUAACAGAGAUGAGGCUGGACACAUGUGGCUGACUGCAUUUGUAGCUCGAACUUUCCAUCAGGCCAGACCCUACAUCUUUGUGGGCAACCAGACUCUAGGACGGGCUCUCAGCUGGAUGGCGAAUAGGCAGAAUCUGGAUGGGUCCUUCAAUGAGCCUGGCCUUGUGUUUGACAGACAGAUGAAGAGCUCCAAAGCUUCCCUGACUGCCAUAGUGCUGCUCGCCUUCAUUGAGAACCAAGACAUUAGUGGUUAUGGAAUUAAUCAGUACACGCUGGGAAACGCCACCGUGAAUGCCACGAAUUACCUGGAGUCAGUGGCUCCCUCUAUCACGGACCCAUUCACUCUCGCGAUUGUUAGCUACGCAUUGUCUGAGGUUGGGAGUUCACUGGCGGAUGUCACAUUCAACAAACUCAAUGCUGCAGCUGAGGUUCACGGUACACUGAAACAUUGGAUCGAACCCACUACCGCCUCCUCUAGCUACUACACAAAAUGGUCUCCUCCACACACACGUGCCCAGCCAAUCGACAUCCAGACUACGGCUUAUGCCCUCCUGGCGUCCUCUGCACGCGGUGAUCUGAAGGGAGGUCUUCCAAUCACGAACUGGCUGACUUCACAGAGAAACCCGUAUGGUGGCUUCUCCUCAACGCAGGACACCAUGGUGGCAUUGCACGCUCUCACUGACUACGCACGCCGUGCGCAUACUUCCGGUUUCCACGUAGAGGUUGACAUCAAGAGCGGAAGUAACAACCAACACGUGUCUGUGACUGACAGCAACGCACUGGUUCUGCAGACGAGAGAGCUGACGACAUUCCCGAAGGAAGUAUCUCUCGCCGCCACUGGUAAAGGCGUUGCUUAUGCAGAGGUUGAUGUGUUCUUCAACGUGGAGGCUGAGAUCGGAAACCCAUCCUUUGACGUCAACACCGUGCUGCUUGAUGACACCAUCAACAACUUCAGACUCAUGACCUGCACCAAGUGGUUGAAGAAAGGAUCAAGUGGCAUGGCGGUUAUGGAAAUAUCGAUCCCAUCAGGCUUUGAUCCGGAUAUGACGUCAAUUGGGAACGUCGCUGGCCUAAAAAGAGUUGAAAGACGAGGCAGGAACGUCGUUGUUUACUUUGAUGAAAUCGGCACAACUUCUAUCUGUUUCGACGUCCUGUCCACCAGAACCGGCAUGGUGACGAACAACCAGCCCAGCUACGUCACGGUCUAUGACUACUACCAGCCAAGUAGCCAAGGUGCCACAUUCUACCAAACCCGAAGUCUCAAGAAGGCAACCAUAUGUAAUGUGUGUGACAAGUGCUGUCCCCAGGCGUAAGGAUGGAGAAGACCGAUGUGACAGUUUAAUAUAAAAUAAAUGCAUGAAUAAGAAA